ACGUGACCACUCUCCGUUCCGUUGAUCCUAAAUCCGAAUGGAUUUUUCUUAAUAUAAUCGAGCACAAAUAUACUUCAAGCUUUACUGUGAUAUUUAAUAGGCAUUCGAAAAAGUUUUUACGUUCUGUAUUUCGCAUAAAAAAUCAAAAUGAAAGUGUUUUGCAUUCAAUUUGUAUUAUUGGUGUUUAGCCAAAGCCUUCUUAGGGCACCUGAUCUGACCUCGGCGGCCACUCUUCAGCCGCCGCCCUUAAUUCAAACUCUGAGUGAUGGCGGCGAUAUUGGACCACAAUUCAAUUUGGAGCAAUCAUCGGAGACACCACAAGUUAUAGUAGUAGAAGAUGCCAAGUUCUGGCACAAUGUAGGCAUGCGGCAGUUAAAAAAAACCAUUGAUAAUGCCAAGAAGGCCAAGGAAUACUCUUAUGCUAACAAGGCCAAGAACAUUAUUGUAUUUGUCGGAGAUGGCAUGGGCAUAGCUACAAUAAGUGCCGGAAGAAUUUACAAGGGUCAAUACUUAAAGCAUGGAAAUGGCGAGGAGGAGACACUGAUCUUUGAUGAUUUCCCGAAUACGGGAAUGGCUAAGACCUACAAUGUGGAUAAACAAGUACCAGAUUCAGCGGGCACUGCCACGGCCAUGUUUACGGGCGUGAAAACGGACUACGGAGCCAUUGGCGUGGACUCUACUCGUUCGGAGUUGAAUGCUGAACAGGGUCGGGUGGAAUCCAUUAUGGAUUGGGCCCAGCGUGCGGGUAAACGAACGGGAAUUGUUACCACUACCAGAAUUACACAUGCCACGCCUGCCUCAACCUAUGCGCAUAUAUAUGAUCGGGACUGGGAAUGCGAUACGGAGGUGCCAGCACAAUCGGUGGGAAUACAUGUGGAUAUUGCACGGCAGCUGGUGGAGAAUGCACCUGGCAAUAAGUUCAAUGUCAUACUCGGUGGUGGACGAAAACCCAUGGGAGCAUUAAAUCCACAAGAGGUUCAAACAGUGAAAUUCGAAGGGCCUACGGAGACAAUUUGUGCUAGAAACGAUCAGCGAAACUUGCCCAAAGAGUGGUUACAAAAACAUGCCAACGAUAGUGUGCCAGCUGCGCUGGUUCACUCACGCGAGGAGCUACUGAAGGUGGAUGUGAAGCAAGUCGAUCACUUGAUGGGCUUGUUCAGAAACAAUCAUAUCACAUACUCAAUUGCACGUCAGGCUGGUGAGCCCUCGCUGCAGGAUAUGACUGAAGCGGCCAUUGGUGUACUUGAGCGUGGACAAACAUCGUCGGGCUAUGUGCUCCUUGUCGAGGGUGGACGCAUUGAUCAGGGUCAUCAUAUGAACUAUGCGCGAGCAGCUCUACAUGAAGUCUACGAAUUCGAUUUGGCCAUUCAGGCAGCUCUCAAUAAUACGAAUCCCGAGGAAACACUUAUACUGGUCACAGCUGAUCAUUCCCAUGCUGUGACCUUCAAUGGUUAUCCCUUGAGAGGCAACGAUAUCUUGGGUUCGGCCAAUUUGCAUAAGGCCAAAGAUCCAAUGGUUUAUGAAACGAUUACAUAUGCCAAUGGACCGGGUUACUUUGAACAUUUGGCCAAUGAAACGCGUCCCGCCAACAGCUCAAAUGUUUGGAAACCCUUAAAUCUUUUCACCCAAGAGGAGAGAACUUCUCCCACCUACCGUAAUUUGGCUGCUUUUGCCCUGAAAGACGAGACUCAUGGUGGCGAGGAUGUGGCUGUCUUUGCUCAUGGCCCAGGCUCCAAUUUGGUUCGCGGUGUCUUUGAGCAAAAUUAUUUGGCCUAUGUGGUCAGCUAUGCUGGAUGCAUUGGACCCGCUAAAGAUUUCGAUGGAUCCUGUAGUCGAGGUUAUGCAGCCUCGCCUGGCGACAAGAUAACUGGUAGUGUAAGCCUUUUGGUAGCUGCCAUAGUCUCACUCCUGGUUGCUGCACCGGCUACAUAGAGAAAGCAAAUGUGGGCUCUAAACUUAUCUAAUGUUACGAAUUAGUUUUUAAUGCUAUUCUAUUGUAGCAAAUCCUGUUGUUUGAUGCUGAAAUAAGUGCAUAACUUGUUAUUGUAUAUAAUGAAAUAAAUCACACUAAAUCCACUAAAA